UGAGCUCUCUACGAUGUUUUUGGUCGAACUAUAUCAAAUUUACGAACAGCUCAAAAUAGGACUUUUUCAAGUCAUUCCCCCCCAAUAGACACUCCAGUGACCAUUCUGUGUCAUACCAUCUCUUAUCUACCUGACUUUUCUGAAUUGACAAUGCAGGCUCCUACUACGAUUCGCUCUCGAUCCUACCCGGGAUCCUGACCAAAAUAAAAGAAAGGAUUCGCUCAGGAUAUUAUCAGGUUUUAGUCGAGACCUCUUCGUAUCCUGAUACAAGGAUUCUGUCAAGAGUUAUAGUUAUAUCAGCGGAGGAUCUUACCAGGAAGAUAACAGGAUCAGUCACAAUGAUAAACUGAUAAAUCCUGCUAAGCUUUGCUCUGGAUCUUUUUCCAAUUCCUAUUUAUUCUUGUUAUGAGAAUCUUUCCUGUACUUUUCCAGGAUCCUGCGCGGAACUCUUCAGGCAUAAACAUUUCGGAUCCUUACACAAUAAUAACAGCCAUCAUCAGGAUCUUGAUGAGGAAAUACAAGGAUCUACUUAAGAUCUUUGCAUCUUUUCAUGUGCUUAUCUAGGAAUGGAUCUUUUGUCGGACGAUCGUCAUUGCGGACGGGGUGGGAGGAGCUUCAGAAAAAUCAGGUUUCUAGGGCGUUUAGAAGAAUUGUUCAAAAUCCUCCAGAAACCGUUAAACAUUCAACUUUUUUGGAGCCAGGUAAUGAAUGAAUUCUCAAAACCACUUCAGAAAACACUUCUUCUCUUCGGGCUGAAGAGAGGUUUAGUGCAAGAGUCAGAGAUAUUUACCAGUAAUUUAGAUAUAAAUAGCUACUAAGCAAACGAAAGAGGCGUUCCAAAAUUUAUCUGUCUAUCCUUUUUGUAAUUUUUUGCUGCCGUGCUACUCCACUAUGGCACUAAAGUGUUCGUUUCCUGCUUGCUUUCAAUUUUUAAUACUUCUGUUGGUUAUUAAUACGAAAGUUAGAAUCCAAAACAUGAAGUAAUCCUUUAAAUUGUUUCAAUGUUAUCCUUAGGCUCAAUAUGCGAAAGUCUGAUAUUGUGGUUUCAUCUAGAUGUAUGUUCGAUGAGUUGGAUAUUAUAUCAUACCUGUAAUGCCAACUUGAUCGAUUUUCUAAUCGAUCCAUCGAUCUAUGUUUCGACCAAAUCUGUAGAUACAACUAUUGAAGACUCUGUUCAUAUGGCAAAUAGUCCACCAGAUAAUGCAUAGACUUCCACUCACUGAAUCUAGAUGCCUGAGAGAAAGCCACAUUUCACUCAUGAAGACGAUGGGUACUAGAUUACGUGUUGGCACAUGUAUCUCACCGGUGAUCAAGAUAAGUACUGAUUUUUAACAGUUUUUAAAACUGUUCAUUUGAAAACGCUACAAGUUACUACAAGGAAAACGAAAAAUCAUCUGAAUGAAGGAGUCAGCUUGAGGAUCUUUUAGGAAACUUCUUUGUUAGACAAUCUUCACAUAAUGCUUAGUUUCGAAAUCCUGUUUAAUUGCAUAGUUGUAAAGGAUUUGUGUACAAGUAUUUUUUCGACUUUUUGCGAGACUCUUUAUCAACAAUACACAUGAACAAUCUAAUUAUAUAACUAAUAUUUAUGUUUCAGAUCAUUGUUUUCGUAUUGAAAUGGCAAUGGCACAAACGAGUUAUCCUGAUAUGAAUACUGAUUUGAAUAAGAAUAAUGCCUCAUCACAAACAACAGACUCGUAUCAACUACCAGUGAUUAUUAGUCCAGAUAACUUUUUAGAAGCAUGUCAGUCAAUCAUUGAUCAGAUUCAGUUUGAUGAUCCAACAUAUUGUGUCGGUGGACGAAUGCCUGUGGUAGGGGAACAAAACAUCACAUUAAACAAUGUUGGAGAUAUUUCGUUACCAUUAACAGAUGAAGAUGCACAAUCAAUAAUUAAACAAUCUAAACCACUGAAAAUAAUUGAAAAUCCAUUGUACAGUGAACUGAGGACAUUAAUUAUCAAAAGAGAAUUUGAUUUUCUACAAGAUAAAUUAUUUUUUAAUUUGAGAUAA